AUGACAAUCAACAAGACCCUGCGGGGUCACAAACUUUUGAUGGUCAUGCCCUGGGAACAGCCGGCCGAGUUCAUGGAGAAUCUCAAAGCUGAGUUUCCGGGCUUGCAAGUGGUCACCUAUCGACAAACAGAAUGGGACCAGACUUGGGCCCCGUUCCCUGACGAGGAAUGGAAGGAUGUCACCGUCCUCUUGACUUUUACGGUGUUGCCGACGCCGGAACAAGCCCCAAAGCUGGAAUACGUCCAACUCAUGAGUGCUGGCGCCAACCAUGUGUUGGAUCUGCCAAUCUUCAAGGACACCGAAGCAAAGUUUUGUACAGCCAAUGGCGUUCACGGCCCCCAGAUAUCGGAAUGGAUCAUUGGCACAUAUCUAGCCUUUCAACAUCGAUUUCCCCAGUAUCAUGAAAAACAGAAAGAAGGCCGAUGGGAUCGAUCUGACUUGAACCUUAUUGAUGAUGCCGUCCAGAAAACAAUCGGAAUUCUGGGCUAUGGCUCAAUAGGCCGUCAAACAGCCCGUCUAGCCACUGCCAUGGGCAUGAACGUCCAUGCUUACACCCUCCAUCCUCGCACUACACCCGCCUCGAAAAAAGACCAUUCUUGGACGCCCCCAGGGCUUGGAGACCCCGAUGGGAUCUACCCUUCCAAAUGGUUCUCGGGCUCUUCGCGCGCAGACUUGCAUGCUUUCCUGACCUCUGGGCUCGACCUGCUGGUUAUCGCCACCCCCCUGACGCCCAACACUAAACACCUACUCGCAGCGGCCGAGUUUGAGUUGCUGGCGGCGGACGGCAGGAAGGGAAGGACAUUCGUUUCCAACAUUGCCCGCGGACCUGUGGUCAACACACCAGAUAUCAUUCACGCGCUGAAGGGAGGGUUGAUCAAAGGUGCAGCUCUGGAUGUGACUGACCCUGAACCUCUUCCAGAUGGACACGAGCUCUGGAGUAUGGAAAACGUCAUCAUCACUCCCCAUGUAUCUGGCGCAUCGACACAUUACAAUGAAAGAGUCCUGUCCAUCUUGGAAUACAACCUCAAGAGAUUGAGCGAGGACACGGAACCGGUCAACAAAGUCAAUAAGAGAGAGGGCUAUUAG